ACGGGCUGCACCGCACGGGCCCGGCGUCAGAUCCUGCCGCCGCCGCCGCCGCCGCCACCAUCAUCACCAUCACCAUCACCAUCAUCGCCGCCGCGUCCAUCGUCGGUGGGGGCGAUGGCCUUCGUCUUGCCUGAUGCGCUUGGGACUGCUUUGGACACCGAAUACUGAUCGAGCAACUCCACCUCCGUGCCGAGGACCACCUCCCCUUCCUCCAUCCACCCGCCUCCCCCCCCCCACCAAAGAAAAGUAGGGCUUAAUCUGACUUGUCUUGACUUUUGAGAGAGAGCACCAUGGACCAAAAUGGGAUGGAGAUUCCCGUGACUCUCGUCAUUAAAGCACCGAAUCAGAAAUACAGUGACCAGACUAUUAACUGCUUCUUGAACUGGACCGUGGGGAAACUAAAAUCGCAUCUGUCUAACGUGUACCCUAGCAAACCAUUGACGAAGGAUCAGAGGCUGGUGUAUUCGGGUAGACUGCUUCCUGAUCAUCUGCAGCUGAAAGACAUUCUCAGAAAACAAGAUGAAUAUCAUAUGGUUCAUCUAGUAUGUACUUCUCGGAGUCCUCCCAGUUCUCCAAAUUCCAGCACCAAUAGAGAAAGUCACGAAGCACUGGCAUCCAGCAGCAAUUCUGAUUCAGAUUAUUCAGAAUCAACAACUCUGUCAUCCAGUCAAGAAUCCUUGCCUUUAGCCUCAGGUUCUUCGGAAGGACUGAGGCAACGUGUCCUUCCGCAAGCACAAGGUGACCCAGCGCAGAGUCAUCAGUUUCCAUAUGUAAUGCAAGGAAAUGGAGACAACCAGUUUCCUGGGCAAGCUGUUCCGCCUGUGCUCCCCAUGUACCCCGUGUUCAGUCCACUGCAGAUGCUGUGGUGGCAGCAGCUGUAUGCUCAUCAGUAUUAUAUGCAGUAUCAUGCUGCAGUUUCAGCCCAGGCUACAUCAAAUGCCAGCCCAACUCAACCAACUGUGUCGCAGCCUUUACAUCUGGCUCAUGUUCCUGGAGAAGAACCACCCCCAGCUCCCAACCUUGUGGCCCAAGAGAAUCGGCCCGUGAAUGCAAAUGUUCAGAUGAAUGCGCAGGGCGGUCCUGUGCUAAACGAGGACGACUUCAACCGUGACUGGCUCGACUGGAUGUACACGUUCUCACGAGUCGCAAUUCUCCUCAGCAUUGUCUACUUCUAUUCGUCAUUCAGUCGGUUUAUCAUGGUGAUGGGAGCCAUGCUGCUGGUUUACUUACACCAAGCUGGAUGGUUUCCUUUUAGGCAAGAAGGUGGUCAGCAACAGGCUCCCAACAAUGCUGAAGUUAACAAUGAUGGCCAAAAUGCAAACAAUCUCGAAAUUGAAGAAAUGGAGCGCCUUAUGGACGACGGACUUGAAGACGAGAGUGGAGAAGAUGCGGGUGAGGAUAUCAGUGCAAUUCAAAGGCCUGGAUUAAUGGCUUCAGCUUGGUCUUUUAUCACCACCUUUUUCACUUCAUUAAUACCAGAGGGGCCUCCCCAAGUUGCCAAUUAGACCUGAAAAACUGUGCCAGCUGCAAAGGAGGGUCUGACUUUAGAAAAGUGAUUUAAAUAACAGUGCAAUUUCAAAACUGUAUAAUGCUCUUUUGAUGAUAAUGUACAGAGGUCUUCUUUCCUUUAAGUUUCUCAUGCAUAUGAAUAUUUUAAGCACAAAUGGACUACUAAGCGUGUUUUUAAGAAAGAUCCUAACAGAACAUAGCAUAACAAUACUGAUCUUCCGGGUGUUAUUCAUUUCAGUUACGUGUAGUAUCCCGAGAGCCAAGUGUCUGUCUGUCAUUUCUUUCAAGAGCUGCUUCACAUUUAAAUGUCUAUAGCUAGUUGGUCAGCCCUUCAAUAUGUAAUUUGAAUAAAUAUAUCUAUUUUCUGUGAAUUAUCCUGAAAGUUUUAAACAGAAUGACCUCAUAGUUUUUAAUAAAGAAGAUUAUUUACCUAAAAUGUGCCAGUAGCAUCUUGCCCAGCCAUAAAGCAAUAAACUUCUCAAUAAUCUUAAUUUUGACAUUUGAAUAAAUGGUGGAAACUUUCUAUUUUAAGGGCAUGUAUCCCAUCAGUUGGAAUUAGCUUAAAAGAAAAAAACAAAAAACGAGGCAGCUCUUCAAUAGAAUUAAGUGAUACAAAAUGUUUGAUACAGGCAGUACUUUUAUAAAAUAUGCUGGAAAUUGCUCCCUGUAAUUUUUUAAAUAAAAAGUCAAUUAUGAGUUAUGAUAAAA